UCUUAUAUGAAUAUAUUUUAAUAGCACAUUUCUUCUGUCUAUGUUUAUGUUUUUAUUUCACACUUGUUUUGGAAAUGCUGAUCAAUGUAGAAUAUGUAUUUUAAUUUAUCAGUUGCCAAAUUUGAACUUCAUUAAACAUUUCAACUUGGUUGGGAAAUGGUUUCAGUUCAUCUAUCAGGCAACAGAAAAUAACUGAGAAGGUGACAUUUCCUGUGUUGGCCAAACUGUUAAUCUGCCGUGUGUGUGUGUGUGUGUGUGCAUGCGUACGUGCGUGUGUGUAAGCGGGGCGCUCAAACAUGGUGUGAAAAGUGAGUAGAACACAUACACAUUGUUGUUGCUUACAGAAAACCUUGUGUCUCCAAACUCUCUACUUAAAAAAAAAUAAAAAAAAUAUAAUAUAUAUUUAUAUUGUAUUUAUAGUUUGUCUAAAUGGCUUCAUACAGUAAAUCCAAAGACUGGACAAUGCAGUCUCCUAUCUAAAAUUACAAAAAACACCAAACUGGAUCCAAAAGAGUCAAAUGAAUAAAAAGGUGUGUGUGUGUUUCUUUGUGUGCUGGCUGCUACUUCCUCAUUGUUCUCUACUAAAACCAGACAGAAGACGGGCCAAGGAUCACUGACAGCAGCAUCAGUACAGUAUAUUACGCUACUGAAUUCAUAGCUACCAUAGUUAGUUCUGCAUACUAUACUAGUAGACAUUAAAGUUUUACAGCAGCACAGUAACCAACCGACACAGUGCAGUAACAGUAAGUGAUGUCCUCAGAUAUUUAUGCCAAACCAAAUUUCUCAAAGAAGGUGAGAUACAACAGAAAGGUGCAAGAAGACAAAGCAGAGUGGAAGGAAAGAGAAGUUGAUAUCUACGAGAGCGCAGAAGCUCUCCGGGAUGAUCACACUGAUUUUCACUCAGAAGGAGGAGCGCACACUGAGAAGCCUCCUGCAGCCGUCCAAAGAAAGCCUUUCAGAGCUGCUGCGUUAUGUCUUGGAGUGCUGUGCUUUCUGAUGAUAACUGGAAUCAUCUUCUUCUUCAUACAGUAUAUGUCAGUCACUUUGGAAAAAGACGAGCUGCAGACCAGAUACGACAGACUGAGCGACAGCUGCAGCCAGCUCCAGGGAAAGAUUUCAGACAUGGCAGUCAACAACAACCAGUUACAGAGGAGUUACGAAACACUGAGUACAAAUCACAGCCAGUUACGGGAUGAAGUGAAGCAGCUGAAGGACAAAAUUGAAGGGAAGCGGUGUCCUGAAGGAUGGACGAGAUUUAGACGCAGCUGUUACUUUAAAUCCAAUGAGAAGAAAAGUUGGCCUGACAGCAGAUCUGACUGUCGGAACAAAGGAGCAGAUCUGGUGAGCAUAAACAACGAAGAGGAACAGGUGAGUGUGUUUGUUACUGAGUGUGGGAUCUUAGACGUAUCUGCCAGUGAUCGGUCACGUGUGUUUCUGACCUGCUGCCAGUCUGCUUCCUGUCUCGACCCUGUCACAUUUAUUUGUCCGUUUGGUCUGCCUUCAGCUCCCGACCUGUUCUGGGCAACAGGAUCGCCAGACCAGCGCUGGGACCAGUACCAGUACGCUGCAGCAUACUGCAAUCAACAAGGACGAUGGACACUAAGAAAUUAUUAUUCUGAUCUUAAGAACUGGAUCUGUGAGAAACAGAUGUCCUGCAUUCUCUGAUGACAGAGGGGUGUGUAGCGUUGGAUCAGCUUCAUCAAAUCUGACCAAAUCACAUUUUACAUUUGUUCAGCUGUUUAUUCUGUGUUGCAUGCUAAAUAACCUGGAUUACAUAGAUUUUGUUCCUCUGCCCUACAUAGUGAACAAUCUGGUGGGAAGUUGUCCACUCUGCAGCUUUACAAAAAUAUUACAAUAAAAGUAAAAAAAAACA